AUGAAGGUCGCUUUUGUUGCGCUGGCGAUUAUGGGCCUCUUGGGCACUCCACUGGCAUCGCCGUUGGGCCAGCUGAAAUGCUUAACCAGAGGAAAGGGUUGUUCGUCGAACGAGGAGUGCUGCUCUCAGGAGUGCUCCCCUUCUGGCGCCCUUGGCUUCGAUGAUGGGGGUAAACCAAUCCUCGCCUACUCUUGCGCAUAA